UUGAUAUGCAUGUUGCAUGUACGAUGUAGACAUACAUGCCCUAGAAAGAAUCAGAUAAAAAGUUCAUCAAGAUAUUUCUACCAGGAUUACAAGUUGCAUUAACCUUGUUUAACUCAUUAUUGUAGCGAGUCUCGUAUAGUUCAUGAUUUAAUUACUAGCUAAUGAUCCGGCGUCAUUGGUGCUAAACUAGUUAUGUUGUAUGAUGACGCAUACACUUUAGUUAGCAUAUUUGGUAGUUUUCUGAACUUGUCAUCAGUUCUCAAAUUAGUUAUUUUAGUUUAUCUUAUCUGUUCAUGGUCAUCUUAACGAUAAAAGAAUAGUGUGCUUGUAUGUUCAUUAACUAUAUAUGUGACAACUUUAUCGUUUAAGUGACUUAGAUAUAGUUUCACGAGAAUUUCUUCUGAUUUCACACGAUUUUUUUUCUCUUUGACUUAGAUUCAAGUUAUUCUUUAGUGUUUUUCAUAUGAAAACAUACUCAAGUGUAAUUGUCUAGUAAUAGUGUAUGAUUGUUAAUGGCUGGUGAACUAAAAAUAAAGUGUUCCGGAUUAGGACUUAUAAAGUAUAAAUAAAUAAUAAGCGGGUUGGGUUGUUUCGGCCCAUGAAAAAUAUCAGGUAAUCUUAAGCUCGGUUGGCCUCUAGCUUAGCUAAAAGGUUAAUACAACAAUCUAAAGUUGUAAAUCCACACGACAUGUUUUAUUACAGAACAAGUACCUAAACUUGAAGACACCAACGAGUUGUUAGCCUAUUGAUAAAAGAGUGUUAAAUAGCCACUCCGACACUUGAUAAAGAGGUGAAACUACUUUUUUAUUUUAAUAUUUUAUCAAAAAAAAAAUUGAAGAUGGACAUUCUUAGAAACUAGAAUGUUGGACAAUCUGCCAACAAGUCUUUUGAAAACAAGAAAAACAUACAUAAAAAUUUCAAGGUCGGGUGUUACCGUUGUUGGGAGCAGUUUGAACCUUAUAUCCUCCCCCAUAUUGUGAUGAUCUAGUCAGGCUUUAUGUGUGUGCCCUAUAUCUAAUAAAAUAUGUAAUAUGGAGAAUGACCCUACAACGGUCACACAUAUAAAACCACGUAUUUGCGUCAGUAUAACUUUGAUCCAUAUAAGCCAUAUGGCUCAUUGGUGUGGUGGAGCUUCAAAUUACGCUCAUGGCUAAAAUGUUGUGUUGCAUGUGUAUAUUCAUUAACCAUCACAAAUGGCUCUGCUUAUUUUUCUUCAGUGACUCCUUGAAGAUCAAUCUCCUCUCACUCGUCGACAUACAACAUGGAUAGGUAACAACAAUAACACACUUUUUUUUUGUUAAAGGGUUUUCAUAAAAAACACACUUUUCAUAGGAAAAAAUCAGGAAAUAAAAUAACUACGUCGAUCGAGAACCUAUAAAAAACUGGAUUUUUCUUAUACAAAAUUGAGAAACAUAUGGAUAAUUAGUUAGAAACAUUAAAAUUGCUUGUUUAUUUGUUUCUUUGAGAUACCGUAUAAUAUACGGUUGGUAUUUGUAACAUUUCUUGAGCACAAACAAACAAAAAAUAACAAAAUUUCUAGGUUUUAAAAGCGUUGUCUCUUCGUUCUCAACCAUUUCUUCUUCUUCUUCUCCAAAUGGAUUCAACAUCCAGUCAUGGAAACCUCGUUGAAGAGAGGGAAGAGCUCAUGGUGCUUCCCAGUGAGAACAACACUCGACCCAUCAUUAAAAAAUCCCAUCUUUUAAAACCCCAUGUAACCACCACCCUUGAUGGGUCUGAACCUUCUCCAGGCGUAAAGUCGUCACCUUUAUCCGUUUCCUUCUCUGGGUGGAGGCUCCCGAACCAAAAGUUCAAGUCUUGGUUUCGAAAAAUGUCAGCUUUACACAAACCCAUCUGGAUACAAUCCGGAAUCUUCCAAGCAAUCAAAGCAUCCACUCACAAAAUCCGCAGAAACCCGUCUCUCAUCCUCUCCCUAUCUCAGAAAUGGAACCCUGAAACCAAAACCUUCGUGUUCCCUUGGGGGGAAGCAACGAUAACCCUCGAGGACGUGACUCUCCUUCUGGGCUUCUCCCUUCUGGGUUCCUCUGUAUACACUCCCCUCGAAAGCUCAGAGAUUAAAGAGUCAGUUUUGAAGCUAGAGAAACGGAGAAAGGAGAGCGGGAAGCAGGUUUCAUGGAUCUCGAGCUUCGAAGACGAUCAGAUGGAGCACGAGGCUUUCCUUGCGUUUUGGCUUUCCAACUUUGUGUUUCCUGAGAAACAAGGCUGUUCGGUUUCGAAACAUGUGUUCUCCGUCGCUGUUCGUUUGGCUAGAGGUGAAAGGAUCGCUCUUGCGCCUGCUGUUCUCGCCAGUUAUCCACCGCCUAAUGAUCAUCGAUAUGUCUUCAUUUUGAUUAAUUAGAUUAAUCUGGAAAGUUUGAUUAGUAGCAAUCUCUCACAAAAGAAGCGAGACAGUAUAGAGCGGGAUUUGAACAGGGAGAAGUGGACAUGGGGAUGUAAAGCCUGAAAGGCACAUCAAAAGUGGUGGGAGCAAAUGUUUGUCGGGAAGUAAUUGGAAUGUAAUGGCAUGCAUACACCAAAGCUGAAGCUGCUAUACGACGUUUAGGGUUUGGAUUUACAUCGUUUCUCUCUUUAUUGUUAAUUUCAGCUUCGGUAUCUGCGAACUUAUCGAUAGUGCUCUGAUAUGAUGAUAAACCCAAUUAGAUAGAGAGGACUAACAUAAUUAUAGUUAAGUGGGACCGGAUGAGACAAAACAUAAAAUGUCUUUAGGUUAGUUGAGAGAGAUUAGUGACAAGGCGUGCCAAUUUCUUUUACUCCCAUUACAAUUAUAGAGGGUUCUUGGGGUGAGGUUCUUAGAGAAAUAUAAGAAACCGUCUCUUAACUUUUAAUUAAAAAAGCUAAGAACCGGCUCUUCGUUUUUUUAGUUAAAAGUUAAAAGAUAUUUUCUUAUAUUCCGUUAAGAACUCCACCAUAGAAAUCCCCCAUUAAUCAUGCUCUUACAACUACUCUAUGUAAAACUAAUUACUCAACGGACGAACACUGCAGUUAAUAAUAAAAUAUUUCUAUAUAUAGUUAUUUAUAUGUUUUUAAUACUAUUAGAAUUACACCGCAUGCUACCAUUCAAACCCUUAUUUUUAUUUUCCACUCUAUAUGGUGAAAAUGAUAGAAUCAUUACUUAAUUUCCAACGAAUGGAUGACAUUCCUACGGAACAACAACUCUAGUCUUUUUGGAUUUUAUGGAGAAUUUGGAAAUCAAGAUGCAAUUGAAUUUAAAUAGAAAAA